AGGAUAAGGAAAAGCUUUACUCGUUCACUAUUAAAUGUUAUGUGACUCUUCUGCUGUAAGUAUUUGUACGUUAUGUUAGCUCAAGUGUCACCCGUACUCAUCGUAUGGUUGCCAUGUGAUGAUUUGUCUUAAAGAACAUUUUUAUUCUAACACAUUGUCUCUUAUGGAACUUUCUUAUUGAUCUUCAAACUUACCAGAGAAAUAUAAUGCCCGAGAGCAUUGGUUAUAUAUAAACUACUGUUAAACGGUUUAGAAAAACGAACAUUAUUUUAGGUUUCCGCUACGACGGUAAGCUAAUGUGUAAAACAAAAUCAUUUAUUUUUCGUCAUCACAUAUAAACUGUAGUUACAUAAUGGAUGUUACCGGAGAUCGAUUGCAGUCCUUGUCUCUGAAUACAUUUUCUCAUCCUAUAAAACGUAAUGAAACACAUAAAGAUGAUCAAACUUUUCUUCGUAAUAGUAUUGCAAGAAACACAAUUGUCCGACGGUGUCGAGAAUUGUAUCAAGAGAAGGUCAAGUGGUCUGAAAUGUUUCGUAGACAGUGGAGCACCUGUAGUGAAGGGAUUGACGUGGAUUCUUUACAGCUUUCUACUCCUUACCCCUCGGAAGUGUCUUUCCUGUCGGUCCCAACCAGUCUUGCCGUUAAACAGAACACAAUGAAAGACACAGACUCCAAUUCUACUGGAAAGUUGAAUUCUAACAUUGACGUAACUAUGAAUAAUUUACGACAAGAAAUUGGAAUGCUGAUUGAUUUGGACAACGAUCUUUUCCGGAAAUUGCUAUCCUUGUACGACACAAUUGCUGAAUUAAGGGACCGGCAGCAAGAGGUUGAGGAAGAAACCAGCGAUGACGACGACAUUGAUUGUUGCCCAAGUUUAGAAUCAUUGUCUGAUGCAGACAAUCAAACAACCACAACGUCGCCAUCGUCUACAUUAUCAUCUUCUUCUAGUCAUUGUGAACCGAAAAUUCAUCGUUUUCGACCACUUCAACCCCGUGACAAAAGUAUCGUAGAAUCAUCUCUCCAUCAAGCACCCACUAACAAUAACGAUUAUGCUCGUUAUUGCCCAAGCCAAAAGAUGACGCCACAAUAUACUAGACGUCGAGCGAAGUCUCACCGUAUUCUAUAUUAUCGUGACAACUCAUUUUUGUCCUCUGACUCUGGAAUUUAUGUACAAGAGUCUCAUUCAGAUUCGGACCAUGAAAUAUUUGUAUGAACAAGAAUAGGCUUUUCCAAGUUUUUACAAAACUUGUUAAGUUAGCAAAUGUAAAAAAGCAACAACAAUGAAUUCAAGCUUCUAGUCCUAACUAAAGUUACUCAGAUGCAGUUGUGCAUGGAGUAGUUUUCCGUUUCUAAUUUGGGCUCCCCAGUAGUUCAGCAGUAACGCUGCAAGUUUACGAAGCAGGUGUUGGGCAGAACACAAACAGCCCAUUUGUAGAUUUGCACUUGACAACAAUCCAAUCCUUAUUUUGACUUGUGCAUAAGA